GAAAUCCUCCAGUCGAACUCCAUAUUUGUUGCAUUGCGGACAAAUUUGCGGAUCAGUUCAUUCUCACUCAAAUCCAAUCUCAUUCAUCCCAAGUGCGUUUCUAGUGUGCGCAGUGAUUUCAAGUGUCUUCUCCAUUUAUCCUUAGAGGGAAAUCCGAAUUUUGUGCGUGCUCCCAGGCAAAAUUUGAGAUUCCUGCAGAACACUUGGUGCUACGAACCGACACCCCCAGCGGCUUGAUCUGGUCUCAAGCGUUAACCGCCAGACGUGAAUAAAACGCGACUCCAAUCGCACGUGCUGUACCGGCGUUUUUUUCCCGUGAAAAGUUUGAUUGAACUCUCGAAGCCAAAAUGAGGGAAUGCAUUUCAGUACACAUUGGACAAGCUGGUGUUCAAAUUGGUAACGCUUGCUGGGAACUUUAUUGCCUUGAACAUGGAAUUCAACCCGAUGGACAGAUGCCAUCAGACAAGACAAUUGGAGGUGGAGAUGAUUCUUUCAAUACAUUCUUCAGCGAAACUGGUUCAGGAAAGCAUGUUCCACGUGCAGUGUUCGUCGAUUUGGAACCAACUGUAGUAGACGAAGUCCGAACUGGAACCUACCGUCAGCUUUUCCAUCCAGAACAACUCAUCACUGGAAAGGAGGAUGCUGCCAACAAUUAUGCUCGUGGACAUUACACCAUUGGAAAGGAAAUUGUUGAUUUAGUGUUGGAUCGUAUCCGUAAAUUGGCUGAUCAAUGUACCGGUCUCCAAGGCUUCUUGGUAUUCCACUCAUUCGGAGGAGGUACUGGCAGUGGUUUCACUUCUCUUUUGAUGGAACGUCUUUCAGUCGAUUAUGGCAAGAAAUCGAAAUUGGAAUUCUCCAUCUAUCCAGCUCCACAGGUAUCAACAGCCGUAGUCGAACCAUACAAUUCCAUCUUGACCACCCACACCACCCUCGAGCAUUCCGACUGUGCUUUCAUGGUCGAUAACGAGGCUAUCUACGAUAUUUGCCGCCGUAAUUUGGAUAUUGAACGACCAACUUAUACCAAUUUAAAUCGUCUGAUUGGACAAAUUGUCUCAUCAAUUACGGCUUCACUUCGCUUCGAUGGUGCCUUGAAUGUGGAUUUGACUGAAUUCCAAACGAACUUGGUCCCAUAUCCUCGUAUUCAUUUCCCAUUGGCUACUUAUGCUCCCGUUAUCUCAGCUGAGAAGGCAUAUCAUGAACAGUUGACCGUUGCCGAAAUUACAAACGCCUGCUUCGAACCAGCCAACCAAAUGGUGAAAUGUGAUCCACGUCACGGAAAAUAUAUGGCUUGUUGUAUGUUGUACCGAGGCGAUGUAGUACCGAAGGACGUGAACGCAGCUAUUGCUACGAUCAAGACUAAACGUUCCAUUCAAUUCGUCGACUGGUGUCCAACUGGUUUCAAGGUUGGUAUCAAUUACCAGCCCCCAACCGUUGUUCCAGGCGGCGAUUUGGCUAAGGUUCAACGUGCUGUUUGCAUGUUGUCAAACACAACUGCUAUUGCUGAAGCCUGGGCCCGUUUGGAUCAUAAGUUCGAUUUGAUGUACGCCAAGCGAGCCUUUGUUCAUUGGUACGUCGGAGAAGGUAUGGAAGAAGGUGAGUUCUCCGAAGCCCGUGAAGAUUUGGCUGCUCUCGAGAAGGAUUACGAGGAAGUUGGAGUCGACUCGACCGAGGAAGUUGGCGAGGGUGAUGAAUAUUAAAACCAACGGCGGAAUCAUCCCUUCAUUGAGAAGACCUUUUACAGCGUAACCCAUAACUGUUAUCAUCUUUUUUACCUUUUAACUGACAUCAUUACAUCAUGUAGAGAUGACGAAUUUGACAGGUUGCGCUGUUAAAUCUUUUUCUUUUACCACCUUUGCGAAGAAGAUAUGAAAAAUUAGAAGUGAAAUUCAAAUUUACACACGAAAUGUAAUUAACAUCUAGAUAGACCCGCCCAAAAAAUCGAUUGUUUCAAUCAUUUUCUUUCAUCCCAUAGAAUUAUGUAUUUGUAUUAGGAAAAAGACGAAUUUCUCAUUACUAAGUUGCGCACUUUUAACUAUAAUUACGUAUUCUGUCAGUGAUCGAUUUUUAAAUGAAUGCUUUUUAUACCUAUACCUACAGUUUAUGUGUAACAACUCAAAUGAAAAGAGGAAAGUUUUCAUAGAUAUUAAAACGUGAUAAUUUAAAUAAAAAAUGCAGUCUUAACAUA